AUGCCAACUCACCCCGCCGUCGUCACCGUCGCUCCUCGUGCGGCUCUUGAGAUUAUGCAACUACCGACCAUGGCGCCCGCAAACGCCGAAGUACGGGUGCGGGUGGAAUGGACGGCUUCGACACCACUGGACUUGCAUCAGGCGGAUGGAGGUCUGUUGGUGCAUCACCCCCAGGUCCUCGGCGACGGGGUAGCGGGGACUGUGGUGGAAGUUGGCGAGGGUGUUGAGAGGUUAGCCGUCGGUGAUAAGAGUUUGACGAUUUCGAAAUCGAGCAAGGUUUUUGGCUUCGUAUGGCGUGCCCAGAAAGAAAAAGCCCAUCAAGUCUACACGACGGCGCCAGAGAAUCUCUUCGGCAAGAUCCCCAAGGGCAUCUCACCGGAAGCCGCCGUGACCCUCCCCAACAACUUUGUUACUGCAUACCAUACCAUCGUCACCGACCUCCAACUCCCGCUUCCCUGGCCUCAUCCAGACGAUCAUCAGCCAGAACACGCAAAUACCCCUAUCCUCAUCUGGGGUGGCUCAUCCUCCGUCGGCCAAUACACCUUGCAAGUUCUCAAGUACUUCGGGUACGGCAAUCUCCUGACCACGGCCUCGGAGAAGCACCAUGAUCUGCUCAAGUCCUUCGGCGCCACCCGCUGCUUCGACUACAGAAAUUCGAAUGUCCCGAAAUUGAUCCUAGACAGUAUCCCGGACACCAAGGACGGAAAGGCGAAAGUGCCUUUCAUCCUCGACUGCAUCGGCUCAAAAGAUGGUAGCGUAGCCCCCCUCGCCCAAAUCGCUGAAAAAGGCACCAAAGUGGCCAUCCUGCUUCCCAUCAUCAUCCGCGAUGCGACCGAGAACGGGCCGGCACCUGAAUACACAUUCGACGUGCAGGGCUCAGCGGACUGGGCGGACGGGGUUGAGGUGGUCGGGGUGAGGACACAUUUCUACGCCGACAACAGCUUCCAUGCCGAGCAUCUGCAGCCGAGCAUCAUGCCGGCCAUGCUGGGACAGGGGAUCGUGAAGCCGAACAGGCACCGGAUCAUCGAGGGUGCGACGAUGCUAGAGAGGGCGCAGAGGGCAUUGGAUGCAUUGCGGAGGAAGGAGGUCAGUGGCGAGCGGUUGGUGUGGAGAGUGGCUGAUUGA